AUGAGAGACUCUUUUAUCUCCUUAUAUCUUUUUUUGACCGUGUUUUCACUAUUUGUGUUGCCCUCUUUGGGACUAAAAAGACUCCAUUUAGGAAGCUGUGUACUGUCCAUGAACUUUCAGGAAAUAAGGAAUGAAUUUUCGGAGAUCAAAGGCUUUGUGCAAGCUGAAGAUAAACUUUGGGACAAUAGAAUCUUGAAGAAUUCAGAGGCUUUGCAAGACAUAAAGACCACAGAGAGAUGUUGUUUUUUCCGCCAUUUAUUGAAGUUCUACCUAGACAGGGUGUUCAAAAACUACCAGACAUCCAGUCCUCACAUUCGCCGGAAGGUCAGCAGCAUCGCCAACUCCUUUCUUGGAAUCAAGAAGGAGCUUCGGCUCUGUCAUGACCACAUGACAUGCCACUGUGGGGAGGAAGCAAAGGAGAAAUACAUGCAAAUUCUGAGUCACUUUGAGGAGCUAGAUGAUCAGAAGGCUGUGAUCAAGGCCCUAGGAGAGCUGGACAUCCUCCUGAGAUGGAUAGAAAGCACUAAAUAAGAAGAAAAAAACCCAGCCACCUUUGUGUUCAUCCUUUCAUGAGUGUUACAACUCUUGAUAAUAUUCACCGAGCUAGUUUGAAAUGGCCCUUUCCUUCAUCAUGUAUUGAUUUGAUUAUUUAUUCCUAUGUUCAUGAUCAUGGAGUAGUCCUAUUCUUCAAAUUUCUAAGCUGAGUCUAUGAUUUGAUAAGAUG